AUGUCUGACAGGUAUCCGGUCUGCAAAAAAACAGCUUUAGAUGUGCCGGUCAGAUUACAAGGACCUUCGAGUGAAAACGGUACUGGCCGUGUUGAAGUCUUCUUCAAUGGAACUUGGGGAACAAUCUGUGAUGAUAGAUGGGAUUUUAGAGAUGCUAAGGUUGUAUGUCGUCAACUUGGUUAUCAAGAUGCAAUCAGAUCUCUUGAAGGGUGGCAGGUUCCUGCAGGUUCUGGACGAAUAUGGUUAGAUCAUGUUAGUUGUUUCGGAACUGAAAAUAGCAUAUCAAGUUGUUCUCAUCGCGGAUGGGGAAUUCAUGAUUGCACUCAUUGGGAAGAUGCUGGACUAGAAUGUAUAAAAACAGUUUUAGAUGUGCCGGUCAGAUUACAAGGACCUUCGAGUGAAAACGGUACUGGCCGUGUUGAAGUCUUUUACAAUGGAACUUGGGGAACAAUCUGUGAUGAUGGAUGGGAUUUUAAAGAUGCUAAGGUUGUAUGUCGUCAACUUGGUUAUCCGGAUGCCGUCAAAUCUCUUGAAGGGUGGCAGGUUCCUGCAGGUUCUGGACGAAUAUGGUUAGAUGGUGUUAAUUGUUUAGGAUCUGAAAAUAGCAUAUCAAGCUGUUUUCAUCGCAAAUGGGGAAUAAAUAACUGCUAUCACUCGGAAGAUGCUGGAGUAGAAUGUAAAAGAACAGCUUUAGAUGUGCCAGUCAGAUUACAAGGACCUUCAAAUGAAAACGGUACUGGUCGAGUAGAAGUAUUUUACAAUGGACUAUGGGGAACAAUCUGUGAUGAUGGAUGGGAUUUUAGAGACGCUAGGGUUGUAUGUCGUCAACUUGGUUAUCCAGAUGCCACCAGAUCUCUUGAAGGGUGGCAGGUUCCUGCAGGUUCUGGACGAAUAUGGUUAGCUGACGUCAGAUGUACAGGAAAAGAAGAGAAUAUAUCAAGAUGUUCUCAUUCCGAAUGGGGAAUCAAUAAUUGCGGUCAUUCGAAAGAUGCUGGAGUUGAAUGUAGUAAAACAGCUACAAAUGUGUCGAUCAGAUUACGAGGGCCUUUAAGUGAAAGUGGUCUAGGUCGUGUUGAGGUCUUCUACAAUGAAACUUGGGGAACAAUCUGUGAUUAUGAAUGGGAUUUUAGAGACGCUAGGGUUGUAUGUCGUCAACUUGGUUAUUCAGAUGCAAUCAGAUCACUUCAAGGGUGGGAGGUUCCCUCAGGUUCUGGACAAAUAUGGUUAGAUGACGUUAGAUGUACAGGAAAAGAAGAGAAUAUAUCAAGAUGUUCUCAUCGUGGAUGGGGAAUCAAUAACUGCUAUCAUUCGGAAGAUGCUGGAGUAGAAUGUAGUGAAACAGCUACAAAUGUGUCGAUCAGAUUACGAGGGCCUUCAAGUGAAAGUGGUCUAGGUCGUGUUGAGGUCUUCUACAAUGAAACUUGGGGAACAAUCUGUGAUGAUGAAUGGGAUUUGAGAGACGCUAGGGUUGUAUGUCGUCAACUUGGUUAUUCAGAUGCGAUCAGAUCACUUCAAGAGGAUGAGGUUCCCUCAGGUUCUGGACAAAUAUGGUUAGAUGAGGUCAGUUGUAAAGGGAAAGAAGAGAAUAUAUCAAGAUGUUUUCAUCACGGAUGGGGAAUUCAUGACUGCGAUCAUUCGGAAGAUGCUGGAGUUGAAUGUAGUAAAACAGCUUUAGAUGUGCCGGUCAGAUUACAAGGACCUUCGAGUGAAAACGGUACUGGCCGUGUUGAAGUCUUCUACAAUGGAACUUGGGGAACAAUCUGCGAUGAUGGAUGGGAUUUUAAAGAUGCUAAGGUUGUAUGUCGUCAACUUGGUUAUCUGGAUGCUGUCAAAUUUCUUAAAGGGGAUCAGGUUCCUUCAGGUUCUGGACGAAUAUGGUUAGAUGAUGUUAGUUGUUUCGGAACUGAAAAUAGCAUAUCAAGCUGUUCUCAUCGCGGAUGGGGAAUAAAUAACUGCUAUCAUUCGGAAGAUGCUGGAGUAGAAUGUACAAAAACAGGUGAAGUUUCCAAAAAUAUUUGCUUACUUUAUUGA